AAAUUUUUCUUGUCCCGCACUCUUCGGAUUCCUUUCCAGGCGAGAAAUUGUUACGUCCCCGCAAUUGUAGUAGGUUCGUUCGAUUGCCCUUUUUAACGAACUUUCUCCUCGAUUAGCUGCAGAUUCGAUCGCCGGAGAAACGAAGUGUUCCCCAUGGCAACGGCAGCGGCGGAAGCUGCCGGAGAGUCGAAGAGAGGGACGAUUGUGUUGGGAUUUGAUGACAGCGAGCAUAGUUUCUACGCGCUUGAGUGGAUCCUCAGCCACUUCUUCGCCAGCGGAGGCUCUGCUUCCAUUCCUGGCCCUGCUUAUAAUCUUGUCAUCAUCCACGCCAAGCCGAACCCUACCUCCCUCAUUGCCAUUGGAGGCCCCGUUAUGAGUGCAGGAGCUGGAAAUGCUCUUCCUAUUUUGGAAUCAGAUUUGAAGAUAAUUGCUGCUAGAGUGAUUGAGAAGGCUAGGGAAUUCUGCAUUGCUAAUUCGGUAAGUGAUGUUAAAUUGGAGGUGGUGGAAGGAGAUGCAAGGUACGUUCUUUGUGAAGCUGUGGACAAGUUUAAUGCUGAUGUGCUUGUUGUAGGCAGCCAUGGCUAUGGAGCAAUAAAAAG